GCACUCACUGUACCUCUAUGAAUCCCUGUCGUACAUGUCUUCAUCCCAGACGAAAUAAUAUAGCGAUAGUGUCAAUUUGGUCGUAUAGAGGAUUCAAUCAAAAAAUAGUAGCUGUUAGUAGUGAUCACUCAUAGCUUGAAUGAAGUAUGGUAAUGUUAACAUUAGAUUGGUUUCUUUAUUAAGGCUACAUUGUCCGUUGAGGGGGUUAGGCUACAUCGUGGAGUUAAAAGGCGUACCAGUUGUGUCUGUCCUGGUUCUGUCAGAUGAACAAAUCGUAAGAAGUCGACACCACUCACGCAUUUUUCCAGCUGACAACAUAGUAUUAGAUCCCUUUGUCCAUGCUCCUCAUUUCACUGGGUGUAAAUCCAGGGAGCUUGUGACGUUUAGCUGUUGGUGGAGCGCCGGAAGCUUCCAGAAUCUCACGGAACCCGGAGCACUGCAGAUGUUCUACUGGAAGAAAACUGAUUUGACGAAAGAAUGGAGGGAGUGCCCUGACUACUCCUCCUCUGUUAAGAAUGAAUGUUUCUUCAAUAAGAACAACACAGUUAUCUGGACGACCUACUGUGUGCGGCUCAGCUCCAAAAGCCAGAACAUCACCUACGAUGAAUUGUGUUUCGAAUUGCAGGACAUCGUGCACCCUGAUCCCCCGGUGGCCCUGAACUGGACGCUGUUGAACGUCAGCCGGUCGGGCCUGAACUAUGACAUCAUGGCGAGCUGGGAACCCCCGCCCUCGGCUGACGUAUCCGUUGGAUGGUUGACACUGGUGUACGAACUCCAGUUCAGGAGGAGGAACAGCUCACACUGGAAAGUGUUGGAGCAUGAGUUUGGCACUCAGAAGUCAAUCUACGGCCUUAGUACAGGAGAGGAGUAUGAGGUGCGCGUGCACUGCUCAAUGAGGGCCUUCAAUAACUUUGGGGAGUUCAGUGAUGCCAUCUUUGUCCAUGUGUCAGAGAUUCCCAGUAAAGAGUCCACGUUCACUGUGACUCUGGUCCUGAUCUUCGGGGCUGUGGGAGUGGCCAUUUUCCUCAUGCUCAUCAUCUUCUCUCAGCAGCAGAGACUUAUGGUGAUUCUUCUGCCUCCUGUUCCUGCACCCAAAAUCAAAGGGAUUGACACAGAACUGCUUAAGAAGCGAAAGCUGAAUGAGCUGAACUUCCUCCUGAGUGUUGGUGGCAUGGGGGGUCUCCACCCCUACCCCCCUGACCUGUACCAGGACGAGCCCUGGAUGGAGUUCACCGAGCUGGACACAGACGAGCCUGAGCCUGGGGAGAAGGAGGACAACCAGAGACUGCUGAGCCUGGGUCACAACAACCACUGCACAAACCAUGGCUGCUCUCACACCCUCAGCAUCCCAGAUAAUGACUAUGAUCCAGAGCUGCCUGACCAGGAGACCCUAAUGUUGAUGGCCGCCCUCCUGUCCAGCCAACCUGAAAAAGUUGAACCCUGCCUGGGGAACCAGCGGAGCCACUCCAACCCCCCGGCUCUAGAGGUGCUGGAUGUCCCAUGCCCAAGGCUCCAAGCUUCAGAGAGAGGGGAGAGGCCCCUGGUCCAGACACAGCUGGGAGGCCCUCAUAGCUGGGUCAACAUAAACUUCUAUGCCCAGGUCAGCGAUGUAAUGCCCGCUGGAGGGGUGGUGCUCUCACCAGGCCAGCAGGUCAGAGCCCCGGAGAAUGCUAUAACAACAGAGGAGGAUAAGAAGAAGAUUGGGAAGAUGGAAGGAGGAGAGGAGGAGAGUGAAGGGGAGGAGGAGGAGGAGGAGGAGGAGGAGAGAAUAAAUAAGAAAUUUCCAUCUCAGCUGCUGGUGGUGGAUCCUGAGGCUGGGGGCUACACGACAGAGAGUAGUGGCCGGCAAAUCAGUACCCCUGACCCCUCCUCACCUGGGGAGGUUUACCACGCCUUCCCCCCACCUCCCCCCUAUCUCCUGCAUACCACCCCCCUAGGGGACUACCAGUCCCUGUACAUCCUUCCCAACUCCCCUGCUCAGUUCCUGCCCCCUGUUUUGGACUACACUGUGGUUCAAGAUGUUGACUCCCAGCAUAGCCUUCUCCUCAACCCUCCUUCCCCCCAGGGGUCCCCCUCCUGCCCCCCACAACCACCCUCCAAGCCCCUGCCCACAAUGCCUAUAGGGUACCUCACCCCGGACCUGUUAGGCAACCUCUUGCCUUAAAGAAAAAAACACCACCCAGGGGGCCUUGGGGCAUAGAGGUCAGAGUUCACAGGCCAGGAAGUCAGUAAUCAUCCCAGAAAGACAGUCUUGUUCUACCUGAAACCAAUUAUGUUACGGGACAGACAGGCACAAUGUUUGUUUGAGAGGGUGAUUGAAGGGAAGCUGGGAAAGAGAAACGUUUCGAUGUUGUGUUUGGGUUUUAUAUAAGUGAUACUGGAACUUGAGGAAAGAGUAAAUUGGCCUUUCUGGUUUGACAGAGCUUAAAGGAAGACUUGUGUUGACUAAGACCGAGACACCCAAAAACCCACAGUCUGAACCCUUUAAAUGUCUGAAACCUUUAAAUGCACAGAUUUCUAAUAUAAUGUUACACACAGAUAAACGUAUGCACCACAAAUACGCAGACAGACAAGCUCAGACAUGAUUCUAGUUGUAUGUUAUCUGAUACCUUUAAGUAUCUAUCAUUUGACUGAUUAAGUGCUAUGUAAACAUUUUCCUCGCAGACACACCCAGUCCCACCUUAAUGUUUCCUACUAUGAUCUAUUAUAGAAAUGUCAGAGAGAAGUGAGUAAAGAAACAAGCUCACAUAUGUCAUAUAACAUAUAGAUAUUUAAUACUGUAGCAUAUUGGCUUAAGUCUUAACUAUACUGUAGAUGGAUCAAGUAACAGAAUGUAAUGGAGAAUAACAAGCACAUUUAUAGAAUCACACACACGCGCACACAUUUACAUCAUCGUUAUCGCCUCAUUAAUUGACAGAACACUUAAGUGUGCUGUUUUGUCAAACUUACCGCUACAAUGAGCGCAAAGUGACUAUUUGUUAUUGGUGACUAUUGUCGUUCAUUUAGCACUCGUUAUUUUGCUUAGUAGCACAUUUUCAUGCUUAUAUUUAGCUUUGAAUUCUUGCAGCAGAAUCAUCGAAUCGUUACCAGACUGAGGUCACAGUAUUGAACACAGCCAUUAGACAACCGGUCUGUACUCAAUGUGAAAACUCACUCUGAUUACCAUAAUAAAUAGAGAACAAGGAAGCUCAUAACAGCGAA